CACGUCGCGUGUCGCAAAUCGCGCUGAUCUGCCAGAGCCAUUAGUAGUACACAGUGAAAUUCCGUUCGACAAAGGAAAAGUCUAGAAAUACGUUUCCACGUAUUUAUAAUUAAUUAGCAUUAUGAGUGUCAUAGAAAAAGUACAGAAAAAUGACAAAUUUUACAUAGUUUUACUGAAGGAUGGCUUAGUUACAGUACCGAAACAAUGGUUAACAAAUGACAAGAAAUAUACAUAUUGGCCAUCUGAUAUAAAUAUAGCACAACGUAUGAAUUUAAUUAAAUCUUGUGCCGAAGUAAACUUAGAAUGGGAAAAAUACGAGAUAGAAUGUAGAUAUGGAACAGCAGAACCACCAACUUCAAAAAUUAUAUCUGUGUCCAGUUUAAAUAUGGAUUACAUUGACACAAAUAAAUUAGAUUCCAAUAGUGAGAUUGAAGAAGACAUUGAUGAGUAUCACAAAUCAAACAAUUCAAAUCCUCGGAAAAAUACAAGUAAUAACUCUGUUGUAAAAAAUUUGGCAUGUAACAAAAGUCAAGAAGCUACGGGUAAAAGUUUGGCAUAUAACAGAAAUAAAAAAGCUACGGAAACAGAAAAAAAAUUCAAAAAAUUCAUGAUUAGUAGUUUGGUAGAUAUUACUAAUCGCUUAAAGAGUUGCGAGUGUUUGUUAAAGAAACUGCACAAUUCUUCUCAACAAUUGGAAAAUCAGAUUUAUGAUACUGACAACAAAAUCUUGGAUGAAAAAUUCCCCAUGAAAAGUCUCGAUGACGUAAGAGAUAUUGAACAGCAAUUAAAACAUGAUGAGACAUUUAAAAACCAAGUUAAAUCGGCACUUUAUUUCAACUCACAAAGUACUAUGAAAAAAACCGUUACGAAAAUUAUGACAUUGUUUACAAAUGAAGUAGCUACAAAAUUCAGUUGGACUGGACAAAAAGAAAACAAACAGAGAUUUGAAACAUUGAUUUUAUGGAAAAUAAUAUAUGGUGUUGUAAGAAGCAAGUUCAAGGAUGUCACUGAGGGGGAUGUAAGCGCACCUAUUAAAAUUUGGUUAGCUCACGCAACGGAUCGACUAAAAAACAAGAGACAAGAAUGAUUAUUUUUCUAUAGCAUUUAAUUUAAAAUUUUAUGAAAAAAAAGAAGUCAUGCAUAUACGUUUCCUUUUUUGUUUAUAAUUUUUGUUUAUUAAUAUAUAUCUUUGUUGUCUAAUAAUUUUUUUUUAAUUUUUGUUUAUUGAGAUAUACUUUAGUUGUAUAAUCUAAAUUAUAAAUACCGUUUCUCAAAAAAUUGUUUUUUUUUAUAAAAAGAUUAGAAUUGUUAUUCAACGAAUUAAAAGUAUACGAAAUUAUGAAUAAAGAUUUUAUUUGAUGAAAGUAA